AUAAUUGAUUAAACCGUAUUGCGAUUGAUGAGGAUUCGGAAAUCAAUAAACAAAUCCAAACCCACCCUUCGCUUUCCCGAAAGGUUGUAGCUCUCUCUGUCCAGUCUCCAGUCUCCACUCGCGCACCGGCGCACGUUCCUUUUCUUUCCCUACAUAAAAAUAUCUAAUGCCUACUCCUUUCAUUCCAAGCACCUCCCUGUAUUUUACACCAGACCUGACCUGAAGAUAAACACCAAAGAAGAGAAAUGCAUCUGCUGAGCAACAUCCUUGCUUCAAAAGCUACACUUCUCCUCUCUAGAGGAACCCGUACAUGCGAUGUUGCAGCGGAACUAUCGACAAUUUGCGCCCUGCAAGGACAGGUUUCGAGAUCCAGGUCACGCCAUUCCCAAGAGCUUUCGUGGGCCAAGAGGGAUGGAUCGAGGAACGCCCUCGUUUCUACCACUACCAGUCUAAUAAUAAACAGUGUGGAGAGAAGUAGGAUGUUGAGUGUAAAAGCUUUCACUGAAGAGCAAGAAGCUCUUGUAGUGAAGUCAUGGAAUGCAAUGAAAAAGGAUGCCGGAGAGUUGGGUAUGAAAUUCUUCUUAAGGGUCUUCGAGAUCGCACCGUCGGCACAGAAGCUGUUUUCAUUCUUGAGAGGCUCCGAUGUUUCCCUCGAACAGAAUCAAAAGCUCAAACCACACGCCAAGACCGUGUUCGUCAUGACUUGUGAGUCGGCGGUGCAACUCCGGAAGGCCGGCAAGGUUACAGUGAAAGAUUCAAGUCUGAAGGAGCUGGGUGCUGUUCACUUCAAAUAUGGUGUCGUCCCUGAACAUUUCGAUGUGGUGAAGUUCGCGCUGUUGGAAACAAUAAAAGAUGCAGUUCCAGAGAUGUGGUCGCCGGAGAUGAAGAACGCAUGGGGAGAAGCUUAUGAUAAGUUGGUAGAGGCCAUACAGAAAGAAAUGAAGCCCUCCUCUGGGGAUUCUUAAAUAGUCUUAAACAUGAACGUGAUAUCGCUUCCGUCAAAUUCAUAAAUAAUCUUAGAAAGACUGAAGUAGCAAUAAAUAUUUCAGAUUCUUUCUAUUGUGAAUUACUUGUACUGUCUUUGGUAAUAGUUUGUAUCAUGGUAAUUAGAAUCUCUCUUCUUUUCUUCA